AAAAAAUCGGCCAUGAAUCUAUUUCUGUGGAUAAAAUUGAGUUCUAGAUUAGAAAGACACCAUGGCUCCACAUUUAUAGAUAAUGAGACAUAAUAACAGUAGUACUCGGAAGUUCGGAAGGGUAGUUUACCCUUCUAAGUAAUGAAUGCUCCCUAUUAUUACUUCACCUACAACAAAGAGCAGUCAACUAUAGAGGGUGCCAUGGAGCUGGACGCCGCACUGCACGAACUGGGCAUGCUCAGUACCAUCACCGACAGUCGCCUGGACUACCUGCGGAACAAAGUGAAGAAGAGGAAUCGUUCCAGCAAGUCCCUGUGCGUGGUUCAGAUGAACUCGGACUUUGUCACGGAGUUUUCCCUCUCGAAAUCGUCUGCCGUUCCGAACGGCGAGAGCGAAUCCGAAGAGGAGAAUAACGGAACUUCCACGCCGGAAGACAUCCGGAUACAGAGAAAGAUCAAGAGGGCCAUGACUCGGCACUACAAGUUCAAGCCGUACGAUUUCCCGUGGAGGUCCAAGCUGGAAGACUCCUUGCGGAACAUUCCUGCCGCCACGGCAGCUUCCGAAAGGGCCAGCCCCCCCACGGUGUCCCGCCAGGAUAGUGGCAACAAGUCCAAUCCCAGCAGCCCAGUCAAAAGCCAAAAAUCUCUCACCAACUUAGGAUGCUCAAUCUUCCGCUCUCGUUCCCUGGACGAUUUGGAUAUAAGCAAACUGGAUUUGAAAGACGACUGCUGCCUGGAGGCCAGCAGGGUCGAAAUAGACACGGUUUCGCAACGCAUCGGUAAACUCCAUGUCAGUUGAAGGAGUCUCGAUUAGUUACGUUAUAUUUCCCAUUCUUUGUAUGGAAACAGAAGUUAGAUUCUUUUUGUUGCGUGUUAAUAAUCUUUUUGCCACUGCUGAGUGCUUAUUUGGGUGUUGAAAAUGCAGCUUUUUAAAAUGAAAUAAAUAGUGCCAAGUUUUAUGCUCAAUUUAAUGCUAGUAUGUUCAAAGUGAAAAUGACUCUUAUUAAUAGUUAUCAUUAUAUAUUGUUAGCUGCGUCAUCAUAGCCUGGGAGAUCUUAGGAGUAUUUUUGUGAAUAAUCCUUUUUUUACUGCACUGUUCUAGUGAUCUGAUUUAUUUCUUUCCUUAAUUUAAUCCAUAUUAUUCUAUUUAAAAACACUGCAUUCAAUUCUGCUUUGUAGAUAACAUCUCAAGAAAGGUGUAGCUGUUGAUUUUGCCAUGGAAGAGGAGCACUAUUUCUUCAUUUUUUAAAAGUUUUGGAAAGUUUCCAUAAAUAGUGAAAACUUGGUGGGAAGCAAAAUAUCUUAUGAAUUAUUAAAAGUGUUUACUAAGAAAGCAAUCUUAAAUUCAUGUUAGUUACUUUUCAUAUUUGAAACACAUAUUCCAGAAUAGAGCUAAAUCUGAAGCAUGCGAAAACUGA